AUGUUGCAUUUGUUGGCUUUAUCUAUCAUGAGACGAGAUACCGACAAUGUUCCUGUCUGGGGUUUUCCAGGUAGACAGGCUCUACGACGACUCGACCCGUCUCUGGGCACCCUAUCGCUGGGCUUGGUACUUAGGAUUGGUCAGAGAAUGUAUCGACAUUGCGCAGCUCGUUAUGGCACGAGAAUCCAGCGCUUCAUCAUGCCUGAGUCUGUUUCUAGCUUCCUGGAUGCUCGUUCUCUACGCCAUUCUGCACUAUUCCAUUCGGCCGGGAAAAGGCAGCAGUCAGACACCUCCAGCUCAGAGCAAAACCCAGAGCACUAUGCCCGGCAAAGUAUGCUCGUUCUCUACGCCAUUCUGCACUAUUCCAUUCGGCCGGGAAAAGGCAGCAGUCAGACACCUCCAGCUCAGAGCAAAACCCAGAGCACUAUGCCCGGCAAAGUCAAUUUCGAGAAUAUCCACAGAAUAAGUUUCGAUCUGGGACGAUGGACGGACUCGUUCCGCACCUUCAAGCGGUUUAUCUGGCCAAGUGAUAAUGCCCCGAUGAAAGCGCGUCUUCUUUUCAUAGUGACGCUGAAUCUAGGCCGCAAGGGACUCGAGCAUUGGUCUUCGCAAACCUUUGGUCGAAUCAUCGAUGGCCUCGCAGAUAACGAUGUAUGGUCUCCCGGAAGCACGCUUCUGGUUACGUGGGCCAUCUCGCGGGUUUGCGUGCUCUUAGUACGCGUGCCCCAACAGUGGAUGUGGCUCUUACUUAAUGCCUAUAGCGAAGAAAAUUUCGACAAAGCUAUUUUUUCCAAAAUCAUGAGCGCGGAUGCCGCUUUCCAUACGCAGAACAACCCGGCGAGGCUACACAAUGCAGUGGACAAUGCGCAAGGUGUUAGGUUAUCCUUUGACGCUCUCGUAGAGGUCUCUGUCGAUGCUUUGUUUGCAACGUGCGUCACUAUUCCGGCUGCAGCACGUAAGUUUGGACGACACGUAAUAGCCAUCAUGGCUAUACGUCUCAUUGUGUUGUUCAUCAACUUCAGACGAGGGAGAGCAAGAUCCUACCGCACCAAUGGGCAAAUUUUGGCCACUCGGAAAUUCCACAAGGAGCAUCGGGAUGACAAAAUCAGAGGCUGGAGGACGGCGGCUGUCUUUGGCCAGCUCGCGCAUCAGAUUGCCGAGAACGACAAAAAUGUCGAGCGCCUUCACCGAUCAGUAUCCCAGUUUCACAGAGAGGCGCUCACAUCUUGGGCUUACAGAACCAUGACCGAAGACGCCGGACACGUGAUCAGCGUGUUGGUCGUUUGUGCGCAGGUUUUUCUUGGGACGUCGACCCCAGGAGACCUUGCGGUCUUCGAUUCGCAUUGGGAACAGAUUACCACUCCGGCAACGUUGCUGUUACAGGGCCUGCAAGGCAUUAUGAAGAGCUUACAGGAUGCUGCUGAUGUAGCGGAAAUCAUGGACAUGGACUCGGAGGGGCCAGUCAAUCGAUUAAGGUGCAUAGAGGGUAGAAUAGAGUUACGGGAUGUCAGUGUUAGCCUUGGUGGCCAGGUGCUGCUCGAUUGCUUCAACCUGGAGAUUCCGUCGAAAAAGAAAGUGGCCCUUGUUGGGCCUUCAGGUGUGGGAAAAUCAACGAUACUCGGUCUAAUAGCAGGUCAAAUCGAACCUGAUAGUGGUAAGGUUCUAGUGGACGGCCAAGAUCUUAGAGAGAUCGACCGCCACUCGAUCCCGGACCAUAUAGGUAUUCUUGAACAAAAACCCCACAUCUAUGAUACUACCGUUAAAGAGAAUAUCCUCAUUGGGAAACGAGAAGCCACGAUGAGUGAGAUCGAAGACGCCUGCAAGGAAGCGCAUAUACACGAUGACAUUUCCGGACGAGAGAUGGGCUAUGAAACCCCUUGCGGGGUUGAUGGAAGGAACUUCUCUGGAGGGCAGGGCCCGCGGUUGUCAAUUGCGCGGCUGUUACUACGAAGGCCAAGAAUUGUUUUGAAAGGAUCCAUCCUACAGAGAGGCAAUCAUGAUGAACUCUUGGCGUUGAAGGGCGGGAAAUACUGGGAAUACUGGCAUAAUCAUCUCGGAAAGUAA